GUUGGAGUCGGAGAGAAGCGCAAGAUGUCAGGCGUCUAAACCGCGGAACAUACGGGACAAACUGGGCUUUUAAAUCACACUGGACCGCCCUGAAAUGAAGUCUGGUGAUAACAACCAGACGGAGGAAGUUAAAGGAACCAUGUUGACCAAGAGAGUCCGGUCGGAGUACAUGAAGAAGUUCAGGGAUCCCAAGUGGGAGACGUUUUCCAAAUGUUACGAGGACUCAGUGAAGUACCGCCUGACCCGGAGAGUCAUGGAGCAUUCCCACAAGUCCUGGUUCUUUGAGGGCUGGGACAACAGCUCCGAGUCCAGCGGCUGGUCCACGCCCAGGCCCAGCAGGAACAGAAUCGCCCCUCUGUCCCUCCCAAAGCAGAAGAUAUCCAACCCCGAGACAAAAGAGACAUCUGAGGACAGGGAGACGGAGGGGGGAGGCGGGGAGACGGUCGUAGACGCUGCUCCACUCGCAGCGGUUGUAGUAAACGGUGUGAAUGGAUCCAGCUCAGUGACUCCAGACACCAGCGGCCCCUCAGAGGUGGAGUCCCCGUCAGACCCCGGCCCCGCUGACACCACCUCUUCUGACGGGGAGCCGGUCCUCCCGCCGCCCAGGAGACGCCUCCGCCGCCGCACCCCCCGCUCAGAGACCCCCCACCGGGACAGCUCCCUGGAGGAGAAGCCCGCCGUGCUCAGGAAACCCCCGAGAGCCAAGAGCACUCCGGCCCUCUGCAGCAAGGAGAGCCUGAGAGCGUCCGGAAGACUGGACUGGAGCGACAGACAGGGGGAGGGCCGGAGGGCGAGGAACAACAGCCACACGUCUGACGCCUGCGUACAGACCACCCGGCGGGGGUCCGAUAAGAAGAACUCGAACCCUGAGCGGCGGCGCGCUCGAUCCGCCGACCUGGAGAAGACGAGGCGCUCGCAGCUGAGCGUGGCGGACGACCGCUGGGUGACGGAGUACAUGCGCUGCUUCUCCGCCCGGCUCAGGUAGAAAACGGGACUCUCUGAAAACCACGUUCCCUUUCUGAAGAGCAAACAUCAGACUCUCUGAGCAACAUGAGGUCUCAGUGCAGAGGAGUCACUGAGAGAGAACCUCUGCUGUCAGGGGGGGUCAUUUCAUCGUUAAACACUCACACUCUGAAUCUACAGUAUAUUCAAGAUUCAAGGCUUUUAUUCUCAUGUGUACACAUAGCUACAGUGUAGAUAUGACAAUGAAACUCUGAGGUCACAGGCUCCUCAAACAGUGCAACACAAUAAAACAGAUAAUAGUGCAAGUAAAUGCAAUAAAAUAGAAUAUAAUAGAAACAGUGCAGAGUAGUCUAUAUACAAGUAAUUGGAAUAUUGAUAUAUAUGAGUUGCAGACAGAUGAAUGUUAUGGAUGUUUUUUCAUCGUUAAACACUCACACAAUCUGAAUCUACGGUAUAUAUUGUCCUUUACUUGUAGGUUGUGUAAUCUUAAAUCUAAAAGACAUUGAACAAACUAUGAAACAUGACGGGCACUAGAGAGUAAACUCUUUGGAUUAGACAUUAAGUGAAUCCACAUUGACAUUAACUACAGCUCACAUAAGAGACUAACAUUUAUAUAAUAACAUUACAUACAAUAACAUUUAUAUAAUACAAAAUAUCACAACAUUUUUUUACCAAAUACCUCAAUUUUGGGAUGAAUAAUGUAGACUUGACCAUCAUGCUUUCAGAAAAAUGUCACACAAUUAGAGUAUUGAUAAAUAAUCAUCAUUAAAGGUGGGGUAGGUAAUUCACUUCAGAAACACUUGUUGUUAUAUUCCAUGGAAUGCUCUUAACAUCCUGAUAGC